AUGCAGGCCGUCCCGCCGCCCGCGGCGCCGCUGCCCGGCGGCCCGGGAGAGCCGGGUCCGCUAGCUGUGGGCGUCAUCAUGGGCUUCCAGGCGGCCGCGCUGAUUGGCGCCACGGUGACAGGCAUCCUGGCUCGGCGGCGGCGCGAGGAGAUGCAGGGCCUGAACCGCAAGCUGCGCCACAUCAACGCGGAGCUGCGGCGGCAGCGCGAGGCGCAGGACAGCCUGCUGACAGCGGUGGGGCUGGCCGCCGCGCAGCCGGAGGGCGAGGAGCGGGAGGAGGGCGGCGAGGGAGGCGGCGCCGCCGCCAUCCAGGCGGCGGCGGCCCUGGAGGCGCUGCGGCGGCAGCAGGAGGCGCUGCAGGAGGAGCGGGGUGUGCUGGAGGCGGCGCUGCGCUCGCCCUCAGCCGCGCACCCCACCGAAGGGUUUGGGGACGAACGGCUGAGCCUGGCGCGCGCGCGGCGCCAGAUCGCGCAGUGCAUACGCGGCGGCAAGGAGCUUGUGCAGGCGGGCAGGCCGGGCGAGGUGUUCCCCCUCAUAGAGCAGGGGCUGCAGCUGGCGGCGGAGACGGCGGAUGUGCGCGCCGAGCGGGCGCUGGUGCGGGUGCGGGCCAGGGCGCUACGCGAUGCAGGCAAGCCGCGCUGGGGCGACCCCGCCGGCGCGCUACGCGACCUGCGCCGCAGCAUCGCGCUGUCGCAGCAGCUGGGGGAGGGCAGCGGGGACGCCGACACCUUUGGAGAGAUGGGCGACAUACUGACUGAGCUGGGCGAUCUGGAGGCGGCGGGCCAGUACUACGACAAGUGCAUCGCCGCCAUACAGACAGAGGGGGUGCAGCCGCUGGGCAGCACCUGGGAUGCCUGA